AUGAAUGAUGGACUGGGGGAUGCGAGGGACGAAUAUAAACGGAGCUGCUGGGUUCUGGGAGGACAGAGAGAAAUCCAGCCCUUGGGAUGCAGUGCAGCAUAUAGAAGUGUCUUGAAAACAUCUAAAAAGAUUCGGCAACAGAAGGAAAAGAAGAAUUUGAAACAGACGAUUACUCGGAUUUCACCAUGCUGCUCGCCAUCUGCACUCUCCUCCUGCUGGACCUUGUCGCCGCCGGCUAUCCACAACUCAGAGACAUAGACGACUCAUAUGAUCAUGAAUGCAGGGGCUCAGGCCUGGGGUACCACGUGCCACUGAAAGGUGUUUGCGACGCGUACGUUCAGUGCGGAUCUGCCGGUACCGUGUCGUCAUGCUCCGCCGGAAAGUACUUCAACGGCCAGCGAUGUGAGGACUGUCACCUGGUCAACUGCCAGUACGAUCCUUGCCGAGGCAAACCAGACGGACGGCGGCUCCCUGAUCGUCAAACCUGCAACGGCUUCUUCACCUGUUGGUCCGGUCGGUCGGUGUACGACAGGUGUCCCAGUGGUCAGCGCUUCGCAAAAGGUCGUUGUGUUUACGACGGCACCUGCAACAACGGUCAUCCCUACCCAAACGUUGGCAGCUGUGACGGGUACAAUUACAUUGCCUCCCCUGAGUACCCAGGAGUGUUCUUCCAGCUGGAUGCCGGGGGAGUCUACAGGAAGAGACCCUGUCCCGCCGGACUGGUGUUUGAUACCUCCGUCUGUGUCUGCAACUACCCAGAUGACUAUUAUGGGAAGAAGCACCAGCCAGGUCCUUACUAGCCGUUGAUGGACCGUGGACAGCGGCGAGUGGAUUUACGACGACGAUAACUUACAUUGAAACCAAGUCGCAACGAGCAGAAGAACAAAAGCAAUAAUCGCUGCUUUUAUCUAGCAUGAGAUGAUGAACUCUGACAAGAAUAGCUACAAAAUUAAAAGAAAGUAAAACAUACAUAAGAGUUAUCAAGCCAGUUUUAAAGCCAAGUUUACCCAUAAUUCAGCUGUAUUUCCAGGGAAUUUAAAGACAAAAAAACAUAAAAGCUAAAUGAAACUAAUGAAAAUCCAUGAAAUUAAUAAAAAAAAUUU